GGCAGUAUCUAGAGACCAUCUUUGACACCAUCUUAGAUUCUCCACUAGAAUGUGCGACGCAUCCUCGGAUUCACCUGGUAUUCUUAUGCUUAGCCGCCGCUUAGUUCUUGGCUUAGCCAAGCCUCGCACGCAACUAGGUAUCACUGUUUAUAGUCCUCGCAUGUAGCCAAUCAUCACUCCGAAUUGGACCAGACCGAUCUGUAAGCAGGAACUUCGUGCCAGGCCAGGCCAGGCCAGGCCAGCUGAAACGCCGUAGUGAUUCAACGGUCAGGAUGCAUUUUGGAGGGCGACGCGAGGUGUCGCUGCGCGGAGCGAGCUCGCGCGAGGUGUCGCGGAGCGCGCUACUGAACAAGGUGGCGGAAGAGAGGGCCGCGCGCAGCAAGGCGCGCAAAGCUGCCACUUCUGCCGCGCUCAUUCAGCGUGUGUGGCGUGGCAGGAAAGCAGCUUGCUGCGCGCGCCAGCUCAUCCAAUCAGAAUGGGACACGUGGCAUGCUGCCCGCAUGGCAGCUGCAGGGGGGCAGGCCCCUGCGCCGCUCACAGCAGAUGAAGUUUCGCAGAAGCUUCUGGCGCCAGUGCUGUUUUUGCUCUGGGAUGCGCGGAAGAGGGAGUGGAGGCUUGGAGGGAGGGGAGAGGGGGGGAAAGGGGGCCAAAGAGGGGAGGGGUCUGCAUCAGGGGGAGGAGAAAUGCAGCGGCUGCAGUCUGUGAUGGUGUGGCUGCUGAAAAGCCUUGAUUCUGCAGAAACUGCAACAAACUUCUGCUCCUUGGCCAUCGGCACCCAAUCACAGCGUGCCACGUGGCAGCAUCAGGCACAUCAAAUGGUUUCCCUCUGCAGUGCUCUUCUCAGUCUCUCCACUUCUUCCUCCUCCUCCUCUUCCUCUUCCAACCCAGAAGCACCCUCUCUCCUCCUCACUGUCCUCGCCAUGCGUGUCCACGUGUCACUCUGUGACACCACCACAUGGCGCUUCCUCAGAUCGCCAGCUGUCGCCUCUACCACCCCCCCUGGGAACGCCCUGGCCGCAGCAGCAGAGGCUCAGGUGCUUUCUCUGUUGGCAGGUACUGCGUCAGGUGCCACGGGGAUCUACCCUGCGCUGCGCAUGCACUUACUGACAAACUACGCCGCGCCUCCGGUGGAUGGCUGGAGAGAAAGGAAGGGGAAAGGAGGAGUGGGAGGAGGGGUGGGAGCAGGGGGAGGCGGAGGGCAAGCGGCCCAGCAGCUGUUUCUGCUGACUGCUGCUGCGGUGACUGUGGCUCUUAGACCCAUCAUCGUCUUUUCGGGCAAGAGAGACGGGCAGGAAGUUGCUGGGAAACUGCCGUCAGGUGAGUCAUGUGCAAGGCGAGGGCAGGUGAUUGAUGGUGAUGAUGAUGAUGAUGAUGAUGAUGAUGAUAAUGAUGAUGAUGAUGAUGAUGAUGAUGAUGAUGAUGAUGAUGAUGAUGAUGAUGAUGAUGAUGGUGUGUGGGCAUCACUAGCAGCCGAUCAAUUUGCCGCCCACAUUCUCACCAUCCCUCUGCUGACGUGGUGCCUGCCUUCCCCGCUCCUCCCUGCCCUACGCCACGUGUCGGCCCUUCAGCCCUGCCUCAUCUCCUGCCUGCGCGCUGCACCCAACCCGCAGGCUUCCCAGCCCGACCCAUGCCACCGCCUCACCUCCCACCUCCCCCCUCCUGCCUGGGCACUGGCGAACGUCUCUGCUCUUGCCACCAGCCCCCCCUCCCCCCCCUCCCCUUCCUCCUCCUCUCCCACUCCCCCAUCUACCUCCCCUUCUCUCUCAGCCUCCUCUCCCACUAAUCCUCCUCCCUCUCCUCCCUCCCUCCCUCUUGAGUCGUUUCUCCCGGGUCUGGAUCUCUCGCUGUAUGUGCGCACGCUCUGCUCCCUUGCUGCUGCUGUGAUAGAGCAAGAAGAGAAGGGAGCGAGGGAGGAGAGAGGAGGGAAGGGGAGGAAGGGACGGGCGGAGGAGGAGGACGAGGAGGAGGAUGAGGAUGAGGAAGAGGAGGGGGGGAGGGGUAAAGGAGGGAGGGGGAGAGGGCGGAGGCAUGUGCACCCGUGCUUUUUCGAGGAUAUUUCCCCUUUGUGCCAGCGAUGGCAUGUACUAAGAGUCUUAGAAGAGGCCCUUAAGGCCGAAAAAGGGGCGGAAAGAGUGACGGUAGUAGGAGGAGGAGGGAAACCCGGAGAAGGAGCAGGAGGAGCAGGAGGAGCGGGAGGAGCAGGAGGAGCGGGAGGAGCAGGAGGGGGAAACAAGCAGCUAGACAUGGGUGAUUUCGGCCGGCUCUACUCGCUCCUCCUGGGGCUCUUCUCCUCAGUUAGUGGGUCAUCAGGGAGAGUCCUCCCUCUCCUCAACGUCCUGGCUUUCACUCGGCAGGUGCUCACCGGCCUCUGGCACUGGGUAGUCGCCCACUGCCGUAUCUCUAUCUCUCAAGCCUAUGUGGGGGCGGGGUCUGCUGGUAACCCGCAGCUUUCCUCCUCUUCUGCUGCUGCUGCCUCCACUGCUGCUGCAUCUCCCGCUUCCACUGCUGCUGCUGCUGGUGCUGGUGCUGCUGGUUCUGGUUCUGCUGCUGCUGGUGCGGGAGCGAGAGGAGGUUCGGGCAGGAGGAGAGGAAGGUCAGGGAGGGAUAGGCACAGGCAAGGGGGAGGGGUAGCCGGUUCUUUUCAGCUGCCCCAGUUCUCGGGCAGCUGGUUCCCUAGGUCGUUUUUGGAAGGGUAUGGGGGAGGAGGGGAGGGCGGUGAGAGGAGGGCGGAGGAGGAUGAGUGGGCCCCACAAGGAGGAGCAGCAGGAGGUGUUGACCGCAUGCAGACAGAGUCUGCCGGCCAGGGAGGGCCGCACGGGACUGCAAGUGAUGAUGACUCUGUGCUGGCUGCGUUGAUGGGUGGGCGGCAAACGGGUCAAACGGGUCAAACAGGUCAAUCUGGCCAGUCGGGUCAAGCAGGGUCAACGGCGGCCCAGCGGUGGUCAACGUUUCUCUCCUCCACCUUCCAGAGACGAGCGGCAGAGGCGCAGAGAGGAAGGGUUGGAGGGGGAGGAGGAGGGAGGACGUUUUGGGAGACUUCAGCGGGUGACUAUAUGGAGGAAGAUUAUGAGGAUUGGGAAGGCGAAGGGGAAGGGGAGGAGAGAGUGGGAGCGGAGGCAGUGGGAGAGGGAGCAGUGGGAGGAGGGGAGAGGUGGGACGUGGAGGGGAUGCGGAAGGGGGCGGCGGGCGUGGCGGCAGACGUGGCGGUGGUGAUGACAGUGUUCUGCAGGGCGUAUGCCCACCUGCUGCUGGUGCUGGACGAUGAAGAGUUCUACCAGCGACAGAUGCCCUUCUCUCUCUCGGAGCAACGAGUCAUUGCCGCCACACUCAACACCCUCGUCUACAACACUCUCAUCUCCUCCCCCUCCUCCUCUUCCUCCUCCUCCUCAUCCUCCUCCUCUCUCACUCCCUCGCAAUCCGCGCUCCUAGAAGCCGCCACGCGCUGCCUCCUCCCUCUGCACGACCGGGACUGCAGAAGGGCCUUCUGUGAACCGGCCCUCUGGCUCGCCCCGGCUGAUCGCCGCCCGCCUCCUGUCAUUUCAGCAGCAGGCGCAGCCAGGCACCAUGGGGUAGGGGGAGAGGGGGGAGGGGGAAUGGGGGUACAGAUGGAGGAAGGGGAGGAGGACUGGGAGGUUGGGGAGUGGAUGGGGGAACUAGGCACAGGCGUAACUGGUGGGGGAGGCGCGGGAGGGGGAGGAGGAGGAGGAGGGAGAGGAAGAGGAGGUAUGGAUAAGGGGAAGGAGCAGCAGGGUGGGUCAGCAAUGGCAGCUGUUUUGAGGACGCUGCCUCACGUGCUGCCGUUUGAGAAGAGAGUUCACAUAUUCCGCGAGUUGAUUCAAGUGGAUAAGGCGAGGAACGGGUUGCGUAUUGCACCUGGGGCUGGGAUGGUGAGGCCAGUGGUGGACGUGUCUGUUCGGCGCGACCUGCUGGUGGAAGACGCUUUCGUCCGCCUCAACCAGCUGGGCCCCAUGCUCAAGGGCCGUGUGCGGGUGUCAUUCGUGAACGCGUUUGGAGCGGAGGAGAUAGGCAUGGAUCAGGGCGGACUGUUCAAGGAGUUCCUCACUGACCUCGCUAAGGCAGCCUUCGACCCGGGGUAUGGUCUUUUCCUCCAAGCAGCAACUGAAGAAGGCUAUCUGUAUCCCCAUCCGGCAGCAGCAGCGCUGGGCCACGGCAUUCCGAUGGUGGAGUUCUUGGGGCGCAUAGUGGGCAAGGCGCUCUAUGAGGGCAUUCUCCUGGAGUACAACUUCGCGCCCCUCUUUGUGUCGAAGCUCGUUGGGAGAUACGCGUUCCUGGACGAGCUCUCCUCGCUGGAUGUGGAGCUCUACCGCAACCUCAUGUACCUCAAGCACUAUGAAGGGGACGCAUCAGAGCUCGCAUUGGACUUCACAGUCACAGAGGAGGUACUUGGCGAGCACAGCAUAGUGGAGCUGCGGCCGGGCGGCAGCCACAUCGCAGUGACCAACGAGAACAAGCUGCAGUACAUCCAUGCUGUGGCGGAUUACAAGCUCAACCGUCAGAUGGCAGCAGUGGUGGCGGCGUUCCUCAGGGGCCUCUCGGACCUGAUUCGGCCCGAGUGGCUGCGGCUAUUCAGCCCCAAGGAGUUUAACCAGCUGCUGUCAGGCGGGGAGCAGGACGUGGAUGUGGAGGACCUAAGGGCCCACACGCAGUACUCUGGGGGGUAUUCGGACAGCGACCGAACCAUUCAAAUGUUCUGGCAGGUGGUGGCUGGCCUGUCAAGGGAGGAGAAGAGCCAGCUACUCAAAUUCGUCACCAGCUGCUCGCGACCUCCCCUGCUGGGUUCAAGCACCUCCACCCGCCAUUGACCAUACACAAGGCACCUCAACCCGCCAUUGACCAUCCAUAAGGUGCGCUACAGCCUACUCAAGGUACUGACAUGAUCAGCAUACUACAGGCUACAGCAUACUCUUGACAUGCAUCGUGGCGUGAGAAGAGCCAGCCCCUAGAGUUCGUCACCUGCUGCUGGAUGCUCGUGUCCCCCUAUGCUGGGACUCAGGCACCUCAACCCGCCCCUCACCAUUCACAAGACACCUUAACCCCCCGUUAACACAUCCGUGAAAUGUGAUUGUAUUGAGAUGCUAUGCGGACUGAAACAUGGAUAUUGUCUCGUGACUUUAAGGACGUGUGACCUCGGCAGUGGGGGGCCGAAAUUCGCACGAUUUCGAAUCCCGAAGGUGUGCGAACAACGAAAUCUGUUGUUCGCACAUUCGUGUGAGUUUCAGCUGUGGCAAGCGCCAAAACCAUGGAUCCCGAGGCCCCAUUUUGAAUCUCUGAAAUUGCGUGAUAGGAGUCUAGUUUUGCGUGAUAGUUUUGAGGCGCCUCAAAACUAGAUCCCGAGGCCCAAACCACUUUGAAUCUCUGAAAUUCGAAUCGUUACGAAGAGUGACAAACCCCGCAAAUACGUCGCCAAUCACGAAACCCAACCAUACCUGCCCCGUGCCUCCAAAACCCCUCCCAGACCUUUCAUGCCCGCGCUGUAGAAAUUGGGCUCGUGGGCUCUAUCGCUGCGGGAAGUAGGCUUGGUGUGGGCAGGCUGUCCGCUCGGGCAGAAUCUGGUCACCUGUCGCGCCAGUUUGCCCUCGCACAUUUUCGCAGGACGCCAGAUUGGCGCGAGUGUGUUCCGUGCUCACGGGCAGGGCCUGCCAUUCGAACAGGGGUGUUGGCACCCUUUUUUAUGCCAUUCAUGGUGACUUCGCGAGGUGAUUUUUGAGUCGACUCAAAAAUCGUUCAUGGUGACUUCGCGAGUUUUUUUGGCGAAAAUCGCAAAAGCACUGCCGACGUUCGCGAAACUUGUUAACGUGGAUGCACCCAUGUGGGCUACACUAGGAGGGCCGGAUAUAGACUGGCUGCCCACUUCCAUGCUCAGUACUCAUCCUCCAUGUGAUUUGUACCCCAUAUAACCCCCCUCACUAUCAGGUUAACGUGGAUGCACCCAUGUGGGCUACACUAGGAGGGCCGGAUAUAGACUGGCUGCCCAAUUCCAUGCUCAGUACUCA